AUGGCCAAGACCGGCGUCUCCGACCCCAAGCCCCUGCUGGACUUACACAAGAGGGUGGAUGAAAGGCGGGCCCCGUUAAGAGCUUUGGCUAAUGCCUGUGGACCUAUAGACCGCUGGCAGCCUGUAGAAGAGUCCCGGAAGGUGCCUGUCAAAGUGGAGCUAGAAUGCAGAUGGGAAAGGAGGUUAUUAACGCAAACCAGUGAAGGCAUCAUCAUGGGUUUACAUGAAGACAGUCUGACGCACUCAGACGGUAAUGUCGACGGGUGUGUGGAGGAGCACAUGCUUCUUUACCCUCGUGGCCUGCCGAGUCUCCACAGCUUUCAGGCGCUGGUACCCAGCCUGCUGCGCCAUGAAGUCGAGAUGGCCCUGGAGAAACUGGGCCUCGUAUGGGACCGAACAUACGGCUGGGACAUGUUUUUGGUCAUGUUUUUGAGAACUCAAACACGGAACUUUUUUCCCAACGCUGACCUGCCCCGGCAUUUUACCGAUGCCACUCGAGGUGUGCUGGUAGACUGGCUCAUUCAUGUUCAUGAAAUGAUCCAUUUCCAGGAAGAGACCCUCUAUCUGGCCAUACACCUCCUCAACUGUGCAUUGCGUCAGAUUAAAGUGACCCCAGCCAAUCUGCAGCUCCUCGGCAUGGUUUGCCUAUUCAUUGCUGCAAAGCAAGAAGAGUGUCUCCUCCCUGAGGUGUCUGGACUCUGCUACUUAAUGGACCACACCUACACAAAGCAUCAGUUACUGCGAAUGGAGCGCAAAGUCCUCUCUGGGCUCAAGUUUGAUUUUACCUACUGUCCCCCUCUGUACUUCCUUCUCCUUUUUGCCUCCAUUGCUCGCUGCAGUUCAAAGGUGGUGUGGAUGGCUCGGUACCUGCUGGAGCUCUCUCUGCUGGAGGGCCAGUGUGUGGUGUUCCUCCCUUCACAGCUGGCUGGAGCCGCCCUCUGCUUGUCCCGCCAAGUCCUGCAAGAGCCCCCGACCCCGGAGGGAGAGGCCGCAUGGUGCCUGGCCACCAGUAUCCAUGUCGGCAGUGAGACUGCCCUGCUGACCAUCAUGCACAUUCUGGCCAACGCUGCAGCCAAAUACCAGACCUGUAGAACUUUUAUUAAAUUCUCCUCCCCAGAGACCAUGCACGUCAGCAGACACCCGGGUCUGAAGAUGGCCUCGGCUCUGUUGGGUGUACGUACUUGA